GUGACGUACCAGGGCUCGGCUACAAAAGACGACGGCUGCGGCGUACCAGACGGAACUUUCCAGAACGCGCUGAGAGGUGGAGGAGCGGUGGCUGUCUGAGCUGCGCAUUGCUACGCUCUCCUUCCCGCUUCCCCCACUCCGGCCCAGCCCGCUCACCGGCUGUAGAAAAUGGUGAAAGAAACCACUUACUACGAUGUUUUGGGGGUUAAACCCAAUGCCACCCAAGAAGAAUUGAAAAAGGCUUAUAGGAAACUGGCUUUGAAGUACCACCCUGAUAAGAAUCCAAAUGAAGGAGAAAAGUUUAAACAGAUUUCUCAAGCUUAUGAAGUUCUCUCAGAUGCCAAGAAAAGGGAAUUAUAUGACAAAGGAGGAGAACAGGCAAUUAAGGAGGGUGGAGCAGGUGGCGGUUUUGGCUCCCCCAUGGAUAUCUUUGAUAUGUUUUUUGGAGGAGGAGGAAGGAUGCAGAGAGAAAGGAGAGGUAAAAAUGUGGUACAUCAGCUCUCGGUUACCUUAGAAGAUUUAUAUAAUGGUGCAACAAGGAAACUGGCUCUGCAAAAGAACGUGAUUUGUGACAAAUGUGAAGGCCGAGGUGGUAAGAAAGGAGCUGUAGAGUGCUGUCCCAACUGCCGAGGUACUGGAAUGCAAAUAAGAAUUCAUCAGAUAGGACCUGGAAUGGUUCAGCAAAUUCAGUCUGUGUGCAUGGAGUGCCAGGGCCAUGGAGAACGCAUCAGUCCUAAAGAUAGAUGUAAAAGCUGCAACGGAAGGAAGAUAGUUAGAGAGAAGAAGAUUCUAGAAGUUCACAUUGACAAAGGCAUGAAAGAUGGCCAGAAGAUAACAUUCCAUGGUGAAGGAGACCAAGAACCAGGACUGGAGCCAGGAGAUAUUAUCAUUGUGUUAGAUCAGAAGGACCAUGCUAUUUUCACUCGACGAGGAGAAGACCUUUUCAUGUGUAUGGAUAUACAGCUGGUUGAAGCACUGUGUGGCUUCCAAAAGCCAAUAUCCACUCUUGACAACCGAACCAUAGUCAUCACCUCUCAUCCAGGUCAGAUUGUCAAGCAUGGAGACAUCAAGUGUGUGCUAAAUGAAGGCAUGCCAAUUUAUCGUAGACCAUAUGAAAAGGGUCGUCUAAUUAUUGAAUUUAAGGUAAACUUUCCUGAAAAUGGCUUUCUCUCUCCUGAUAAACUCUCUUUGCUGGAAAAACUCCUACCCGAGAGGAAGGAAGUAGAAGAGACAGAUGAAAUGGAUCAGGUAGAACUCGUGGACUUUGAUCCGAAUCAGGAAAGACGGCGCCAUUAUAAUGGAGAAGCCUAUGAGAAUGACGAACAUCAUCCCAGGGGUGGUGUUCAGUGUCAGACCUCUUAAUGGGGCAGUGAAUAAUACUCACUGCUGGCAUUUUGUGUGCAGUAGUGAACACACAAAGGACUAUAAUCAUCUCCUCACUACUUGCUAUUGUUUUUGUUUCAAUACUCAAUUAUAGUAGUGCUUUAAAAGUUAAAUGAAGAAUAAACGCAAAUAUAAAAGCUCCGACUUUGCCCUGUAUGUAUGAUGACUUCAGUGUGCAAGGUGAAGUUUAAUGCCUGUAAAAAGUACCUAACCCUGGUGUCUGGUAGGCCAUAAAUUGUAAUUGAUUGCAGUUGUAUACAUGGACAAGCUUAGACUGAAAUGCUAGGUAUGUGUUGACUUUAGUGUAUGACCCUUCCUUGUUAAGCUAUGGAUUAAAACUGUAUUUAACUGGCAAUGAGAAAAAGGAAACAGUUUGUAGAAGUGUUGUUCUGUCUAGUUAAUUUGUAUUAAGUUGGACUCAUUGUGAUGUCUCUGCAUUCUAUUGCCUCAACUAUUACUUCAAGGUGGCAUAAAAUAUAAUUUAGCCUGUGGUAUCAGUAAUAGAAAUGAUACUUUUCUGAAGAAGGGGUUUAUCAUAAUGCUGCAUCUUAAGGGUUUGCAUUUCUAGGAUUGCAUUCCCUUCUGUUGUGCCAUCUUUUUAAAUAUAUAUAAAAAACUUAUGUUGGCCAGUCCUGGUUACAUUCUUUUUCCCUUCUCUUUGGACUGUGAUAAACCCUUAGUGACUUCAGAGGUUUGAAAUAAAAGGGUAACUUGGAAAUUAAAGUGAAGAGACUACAUGGAAAGCUAAUUUGCAUGUGUAAUAUAAGAAGGUGUUCCUUAGGUAUGUUACAGGCUUACUUUAACCCAUUUGACUUAUGCUCCAAAGUAACUGUAAUUUAAUGGUAAUAGUACAGCAAAUUAUGAUGAAUAGCUUUACUUGUGUGUUUAAGUCAUGUUCACAAGCUUAAAUCUGGGUAUUAGAAUUUAAGCAAUUGUUGAAAUGUAUGAAUGUCUCCUUAAUACACUGAUUACAAAGCA